UUCCGGUCUGUAAAAUAUUCCAUUACGUCACCAACAUGGCGGUACACCGUUCCUGACAACUUUUGUGGUAAACUUAUUUAAAGGAAAACGUCUAUUAUACCCUAAGGGUACGUCUGAAAGGUGAUGGGUCGGAGUUUAUGUGUUUGUCUCUAAUUCUGUGACAGACUGACCUAGUUUACAGAGGCUACGGAGCUGAGACUACGAAGAGAAGACAGCAGUGUUCUUGACCGGCAACCGUACGCGGUUCACAAGUGUCAUACAAAUUUAAUUUUGGGAACAGAUCUAGACGGACUUUUCUAACAGUGUGCCAUCAGGAUGUUGGUGCGACGGACCAUUUCAGGCCUGCUGCGGCUUGCAGAUCAUGCUGCAGCAAACAGAGCUCUCAGGAUCAGUCAACUUAAACAACAAGGUAUCUUCCGACAGGCGACGUCAGCAGCAGCCCAGGGUAGUUCAUCAGAUGUGCCGCCAAUUGAUGAGCUGCUGCCCCGCUUGAGAAAUUCCUCCCUUGUCAUUUUCGACAAGGAUGGGACUUUGAUAUGUUUCCACUCCAUGUGGGCUCCAUGGGCACACCAGUUUGUGGAAAGAUUGGAAGCUGACACACAGUUGUCUAUAAGGGACAAAGUGUACCGUCUGUUGGGGUUCGACACACAGACACAACGCUUUAUACCAGGACUGCUGGCUGAAGCAACCAUGUUCAUCAUCAAGGAACGGAUGGUAGAGCUACUGGAGAAAGAAGGACUGGAGUCUGAAGAAGCUGUCAAGGUAGUGGAUAGGUGUUGGCGGAACUGUGAUGCCACCAACGAGGCUAACCUGAAGUCCCUGGGGAACCUUCCCGAUCUGUUUAAGACGUUGAGGGAGUGGGGCAUCAAGACGGCCAUCUGUACAGCUGACACACGCGCUGGCACUUUACCUGCACUGAAGAAACUGGGAGUAGACAAACUAGUAGACAAGAUCAUGUGCAGUGACGACCACGGCAGCCAGCCGAAGCCCAACCCCCACAAUGCCCUGCGCAUCUGUGAAGAGCUGAAUGUGUCGCCGGACCGCGCCAUUAUGGUGGGGGACACCUCUGCUGACACCAGGCUAGCCAAGAACGCCAAGCUGGGCACUGCCAUUGGUGUCCUGAGUGGUGUUGGCAGUCAUAAGGACCUCCAUGAAGCUGAUUACCUGUUAGACAGUGUAGAAAACAUACUAACUAUAGCAGUGAACGGGAAACCUCCCACUGGGGGUAGCUCCAAUGGCAGUAGAGGCGGCCACCAGGUCAUUGGGCAGCGUCAAUACUCCACCAGAAGCUCAGGAAUGAAGGCAGGAGCGCCGGAGUACAGCUACGUGAUCAUCGGAGCUGGUUCGGCCGGGUGCGUGCUGACGAAUCGUCUGUCGGAGAACCCUGACACCACGGUGUUAUUACUGGAAGCGGGCCCGAAGGACUACAGCUGGAAAAUCCACAUGCCGUCCGCCCUGAUGUACAACCUGUGUGACGACAAGUACAACUGGUACUACCACACGGUGCCGCAGAAACACAUGGACAACAGGGAGAUGUACUGGCCUCGGGGCCGGGUGUGGGGAGGAUCCUCGUCUCUCAACGCGAUGGUUUACAUCCGUGGACACGCGAUGGACUACGAUCGCUGGGAAAUGGAGGGUGCAUCAGGGUGGGCGUACGCAGACUGCCUACCGUACUUCCGCAAAGCACAAACACAUGAGCUUGGAGCUGACGAUUACCGCGGUGGGGAAGGGCCUCUUCACGUGUCGCGCGGCAAGAGCAACAACCCGUUAAACCAGGCCUUCAUAGAAGCAGCCCAACAGGCAGGUUAUCCUUACACAGAGGACAUGAACGGUUACCAGCAGGAGGGGUUCGGAGACAUGGACAUGACGAUUCACAAGGGCGUUCGCUGGAGCACGGCUAACGCGUACCUGCGACCGGCACUGAAACGGACUAAUGUCACGACUGAAGUCAAGUGUGUGGUCACUCGUGUUCUAUUCGAGGGCAACCAGGCAGUGGGAGUGGAGUAUAUACAAAAUGGAGAGACAAAACAGGUGCGCGCAGGUGAAGUCAUCCUGUCGGGCGGGGCCAUCAACUCUCCGCAGCUGCUCAUGCUGUCUGGGAUCGGUGAUGCUGACGAUCUACAGAAACUGGGCAUUCCUGUGGUUCAACAUUUACCAGGUGUUGGACAGAACUUACAGGAUCACCUGGAGGUGUAUGUGCAGCAGGCCUGUACCCAGCCGGUUACCCUGUACAGUUCCCUGUACCCACACCGUAUGCUGAUGAUCGGUGUGCAGUGGUUCACCAUGCAGACUGGCCUGGGGGCCACCAGCCAUCUGGAGGCAGGUGGUUUCAUCAGGAGCAGGCCUGGGGUGGAGCAUCCUGACAUCCAGUACCACUUCCUACCUUCCACUGUCAAUGAUCAUGGUAGGGUGGCCGGCACACAACAUGCUUACCAGGUCCAUGUAGGCUCCAUGCGCCCGACCAGUCGAGGGUACCUAAAGCUCCGAUCUGCAGACCCACAUACACACCCUCUCCUGGAGCCCAACUACCUGUCCACAGACCAGGAUGUGUUAGAGAUGAGGCUGAGCAUCAAACACUCGCGGGAAAUCUUCGCCCAGAAGGCCUUUGACCGCUUCCGAGGCCCGGAGAUCGCACCAGGAGACGGUGUCCAGUCAGACAAAGACAUUGAUGCGUUUGCCCGUAAGAUGUCUGACAGCGCGUACCACCCCUCCUGUACAUGUAAGAUGGGCGCAGAGUCAGACAAGAUGGCGGUCGUGAGCUCAGAGGCACGUGUGUUCGGAGUAGAGAACCUGCGAGUGGUGGAUGCCUCCAUCAUGCCCAGUAUAGUCAGCGGGAACCUGAACGCCCCAACCAUCAUGUUAUCAGAGAAGGCUGCUGAUAUCAUCAAGGGGGAGCCUCCACUUCCCAAGUCUACUGCACCGGUGUACUGUCCCAAAACAUUAGAGGCACAGCGGUAGAUAGCUGGGGUAUUGGGCAGAAAGAGAGAAAAAAAACAGUCUUUCAAGAUAUUUAACAACUGAAGAUGGUCUAUUUUUCUGCAUUUUGUAGGAAAAAAUUAGCUAAUAGUAUGCUUUCUCAGGUUUUGGUAGUAUCUUACAUUUAACUGAAAUGUUUUCAGAUGCAGCCUAACAGAGAUUAUUGCAGGAAUUUUUUUUUUAGAUGUCAGAAACUCCAUUGCUUCUGUGUUAUUUAUGUAAGAACACAGCAGAAAUGUUUGGGUGCUACAUA